CGUUCACUUUUGCUGCGUGCAGACGGGGUCUAUUCCCGUGUCCCCGCGUGAACUUCCUGCAGGAAUCGAGAGAACAGCAACCAAACCAUGGCCGAAAGCAUGACUCUGUUGUGGUGCUCCGGCUCUCCGCCCUGCUGGAGGGUCAUGAUCACCCUGGAGGAGAAGAAUCUGCAGGGAUACCACCAGAAGCUGCUCUCCUUCGAAAAUAAAGAGCACAAGUCCGAGGAGGUGUUGGCUCUGAACCCGCGCGGACAAUUCCCCACUUUCAAACAUGGAGACAUCAUUGUGAACGAGUCCUUUGCAGCCUGUCUUUACUUGGAGAGCCAGUUUAAAUCCCAGGGAACCAGACUGAUCCCGGAGAACCCCAAAGAACAAGCACUGAUGUACCAGCGCAUGUUCGAGGGUCUCACCUUCUACGACAAACUUGAUUGGGUAAUUUACUACAAGUGGCUGGUCCCUGAAGAUGAGAGACAUGACUCUGCUCUGAAAAGGCACAAGGAAGCUCUGACCACUGAACUGAAACUCUGGGAGGGUUACCUGCAAAAUGUGGCUGAGAGCUCUUACCUUGCAGGAGACUUCUCCUUAGCUGACGUGGUUGUGUUUCCAAGCGUCGCAUUUGCUUUUCGUUUCGGGCUUUCUGCUGAACGUUACCCCAGACUGGCAGAAUACUACAACCUGCUGAAAGACAGACCCAGCAUUAAAUCCAGCACGCCCCUGGACUGGUUUGAAUACCAGCAGGGAUUUGAGGUCCUGGAGGAUGUUUGAAUGAUUCCAAAUAAGCCUUUUUCCAAAUUAAUACAUUGAACAUGUUUAUUGUCUAAACUGAAUAAAAACAAUGAUUGAUUCAAUCUGUCUUUUUUUG